AUGAGCAAGCGCGAGCUGACGCUGCAGGGUGUCUUUGUCCUGCUGCUCAUUUCGGCAAUCAACACUGCAGCGUGGUUCGCUUGCAUGAUCGCGAGGAUGUUGCUAUUAACGCUGAUAGUUAAUGUUGGACUCUCCGAGCAACAAAAAGUGUCUUCUCUGUUGACGACGGUGGAUCCUGAGCUUUUCUACGUUGUUUGGAGUGUUGGACUGUAUAUUUUCUGGCAGCGCAACCUAACUAAAGGGAAAAUGUUCAGUGCCAAGGCAGUCGAACCGCAGAAUACGAUAGAGCAGUUGUACGACUCCUCCUUAUUCGGCUCAUCCCUCUUUGUCCAGCAAUCCAUCUCCAAUUACCAAAGGACCCUCAGUUUAAUGAUUCUGCUGCUGACAACACGACGCCUCAUCCAAAGCGCCAUGGUGUUCUACUUCGAGCUCGGCUUCAUGGCCAGUAUGAGCGGUCAAGUCGUCAAGUACCUUACAAAAUAUGCAGCCCUCCGGAAGCUCAACACAAAGUGGGGGGCAUACCAUCUUUGCAAGGCGACUGCGUCUCAAGGCAGCGAUGUGGCCAGUCAAGAAGACGACGAGCGGCUGGGAGCUGAAGUCCGUGGUACAGAGAAAUUGCGGAGUGGGCGCAGUAUGGUUUCGGUGGUCUCCCGAUUUUCACGAUUUUCGAAACAUCCUUCUCUGAGGAUUCCCUCAAGGGCUUUGCCCUCCUUGGUUAGGGACGAGCCGUGA